UUGUGUUGUGUAGGGCUCCGGACUCCCUGGCCGGUCUGGACCAGCUCAGCUCAGACGAGUCAGAGUCAGAACACACAUGUAUGCAGUGUAAGUGUGCAUUCCCUGCAUAUACAAGACACUAUGAUUGUUUCAUAGACAAAAGAGUAUUUUUUGCAUUUUGUUGAAGUUUUGUUUCAACCAAACUAAAAAUUUAAUAUUUUUCCCAGCGCGCCUCAGUCCUUUGUCUGAAGUACUUGUGGCUUCAUUGUGCAGCUGCAGGCAGAAGUGCCACUAUGGCGUCUUAGGAGAACUUUGACUGUUGCCUGUGUGUGUGUGUGGUGGCAAAGAGGUCAUGUGCUAGUACCGCUAGCUGUCUAUUCUGUACUACAGUCUACAGAGAUUCUUUGUUGGCUUCUGAUCUGAGCCCACGCGGACAUAAAACUCCGUGUUGCCACUCACUGUGUUGUUGGAAAUGGCCACGGCGGAUGGGGGUGAGGACACUUCGUCGUUCAAUUUCGGCCAGGGCGGUAUCUAUGAAGUAGACAAGAUCGUGGACGUGAAGAAAAAGAAGAAUGGAACCUUGUUGUUUCGCGUUAGAUGGGACGGAUUCGGCGCUGACGAUGACACCUGGGAGCCUCGCGAGAAUCUGCUGACUUGCGAUGGAAUUGUAGUGGACUUCAUAACCCGCAACCCGCAGUUGUACGAUUUGCUGUCCAUUGCGUUUCCAUCUCAAGUCCAGGCAGUCAGAGCUGCGGCAGGCACGAAGGAUGUUACCACCAAGUCUUCAUUGCCUCCACCGGCAAAGAAAAAGACUGGUCAACGACUAAAGCCGACUGCCAUCGCAGUAGACAGCACACCAACAGAGUCCGCACCGAAGAGAAAGUAUGUCCGAAAGGCCAAGCCCAAGGAGAAGCAGCAGACCGGAAAGUCAGCUGGUGGCCCCGGUAAAGUCAGCCUGGGGGCUAUGGACGUACCUUUGCCAGUCAAACGCAAGCGGCAGUACAUCCCUCCCGAGGACUCCAGUGAUGGUAGCGAGCAUGCUGAAAACAAGCCAGGUCCUGCAUCCAAGAAGGCACGUCUUGAAGGGCCAAAUGAUGAUCAUUCUGAAGACGAGAAUGCCUUCCUCUCUGGAAAGAAUCAGCGUGAAUUCGGCGACAGGAGCUUGUUUGAUACUGAGGCAGAUGGUCCAAGUGCCAAAGAGGGAAAGAAAUCGAGUUCUGCGGGGUCAUUAAGCAGUCCUACCAGAUCAUUAAGCGGGAGGAUAUUCUCUGACAAUGAGUCUGGCGAAGCAUCUCCUUGUGCACCCCUUCCCGCUAAUCCAGUGGGAGGCACCGCAGUAUCCCGCUCCGCCUUUCAGGCUCUAUCAUCUUCGUUGUCCUCCAGCAUAGCAGAGCCGUGGGCCAAGAAACCUAGUGAUAAAGUGCGGCCUGUACCUGUGUCCACAACAGUUGAACCCACUGCUGUCUCCACUGCUGUCUCCACUGCUGUCUCCAGUACGAAGGCACAUGUACGCCAACCUAACGUUGUUGCUGGUGCUGCUAAGGUUGCCACAGCCUCUAGUUUUGCAUCAGCAGUCACAGCAGCUACUACCAAGGCUGCUAGCCAAAAGCUAUCACCAGGUGUCGCUUCAGCCAGUGCAUCUCGCCCACAGUUGAGUGCACAGCCGCUAUCUGCUAAACCUGCAUCAGCCAUGACCAGCACAGCACACCCAACACCAUCUGCACCGCUCUCAGCUUACCCGGAGGCAACACAGAUCAGUACAUCACGCCCAACUUCAUCUGCACUGCAGUCGGCUAAGCUGGAGGCGGCAAUGACCAGUGCACUACGUCCAAAACCCGCUGUACCAAUCACUAAGCCCUGGGCAGCAAAGAGCAGUCCAGCACAUCCACUUUCCUCCGUACCGUCGCCAACUAAGCCUGCACCGGCAGCAAGGAGUAGUGCAUUGCAGACACAUGCUGCCGCCACAGAUGCACUGGCAUUGCAAACACCCACUUGCACAAGUCCGGCACCAGCAUCUGGUGCUGCUGGUGCAUCCUCAACAACAACAACAACAGCGGCGACAACAGCAUCAGGCACAGGAACAGCAUACUCUAGUCGGACAGGAACGCCAGGUAUCAGCACGAGUGCACUCAUGCAGGCUGACGAUGGGCCUCUGUGGAAGCCCCCGCGUCUGAUUAGCAGCAGCCAGGCCAAGCUGCAAGCGCAGAAGACGCAGCUGGCUGGAGUGAGCAGCAAGGGAGAGGCAAGCAGUAGCAAGAUGUCCAACGUAACCAGUCUGACACCGCCGCCACUGGAGCAGGCACCCAAGAUCCAGCGGACUGGCAUGAGCUCAGCUGUUAAGAUUGCCAACACGAAAGCUUGGGUGCAGAUGCAAUCUGAGCACGGCCCGCCUGCAGGGCACUUGUUGGGUGGUGCACCCGACGACAGCGUGGGCAUUGUACCAGCUGCUGCUGCUACUGCCGAUGACCGCUUGCCUGCUCCGUCGCAUUAUGCAUUGUCAUCUUCACAAGUUGGCCAAGAUGCAGCCCCAGUAGCUGCCAAUCGGUCCACGUCAGGCGCACAGUCAACGGCAGCAUCAGCAUCCGUAACAUCAGCGCCUGGAAGACCUGAUCAGCACCGCAGUGUGAGUCGGUAUGAGCACAAAGCAGCAGUAGCAGCAUCACCAGCUGAGCAAACAGCUCAGACUGCAAAUGCCAUCUCUGAGCAUCAACAGGACUACGGAGAUAUGGACUCAGACCGUGAUGAAGACAAGCUCACUUUGAACUUGUCCGACUCUUCUGAUAAUUCUCUGGAUCUACCGUUUGGUGUGAACAUGGAUUCCAAAGACGCUGAUGCUGGUAUUGCUGAUAUGCCGCCACUGCUGGCCAGCGCACAGCAACGUCAACCCAGCGAAGCUGUGGCAUCUCUGCUUGCUCCUGCACCUGCGCUUGCCGUUUCCACUGCUCCUGCAGCUACAGGGGGUGUUAGUUCAAAGGUUGCCAGCUCUAUGCCAGCUGCUUCUGCUGCUGCUGCUGCUGCUGCUGGUGGUGGUGGUCGUGAUCCGGUUCCCACAGGGCUUCAGAAACCGGCAACUAGCAGUACCCAGGCUGUGGAAACAGAGUUUGAUUUCGAUGAUGCAUCAUCUGACGAAGAGGACAUGUUCGAGGCACACGUAGUACCUGCAGUCGGAUCAGCUACUGUGGAGAAGGUGAUCCCCUACAACAUGAUGAAGGAGGCUGUGAAGACGAGCAAUACGGCGGUGAUUGAGCAAGCGCUGCGCAGCGGCUUUGACAUGGAGCUGACGGAAGGCAUGCAGGGCGUCACGCUGCUGAUGAUCGCGGCCAGCGCACGCCAGGACCCCAGCGUGCGCAUGCUACUGGCCAGUGGUGCUCAGGUCAAUGUGGCACAACGCAACGGACUCACGGCGCUGAUGAUUGCUGCCGACCAGGGCUUUGCGUCGAUUUGCGACAUGCUGAUCAAGGCUGGCGCAUACCUGAACGUCCAACAGAACAACGGAGAGACCGCUCUCAUGAAGGCAGCUCGGAGGGGCUCAGUGGAAGUGGUUGAGCUACUGGUAAGAGCUGGUGUCAACACCAUCGUGACGUCCCAAGUUAGCUUGACAGCAGCGGAAUAUGCGACCAAGCAUCGGCAUGAGGGCGUCUGCAACACCAUCCGGUCGUACUACACCUCUGUUACGACGCAGGUGCGUACGUUCAUUGCAAAUGUUCUCAGUCACAACGGACUGGGUACUAUGAGACUGCCAAUCAAGCCGCUCCACUGCAUCUCCCCAGGUGAAGCGUCCGAAGUUCACCUGCCAUUCACUUUCCAGCCGCAGGAGAACCAAUCUGUGAAUGUACGGCUAUUCCUAGUCCGCCUUCAUGCAAGCAGUGCUCGCUUUGAGCUGAGCUGGUUGAGCUCCAGUUCAAGCUGCACUAGCGAUGUGUACUUGAACAAUCAACAUGUGACCCCAAUGGCAAUCAGCAACAAACCAAUAUCUAUCUACCAGCUGUGGCCGCAGAGAGGCUCGAAUCGUUUACGUCUUCAACUCACUGGUACUCUGCCCUCAUCGCCACGCAAUAAGCAGCAGGACAUUGUGUGCGCAUGCAUCUACAACACAUCCAAUUCCACGUAGCUGCCCGCUGCCACUGGGUUUUGUUUUGCUACACGUUCAAUGUCGCGAGUCUGGCUACCGUCGAAUUCCAACAACAAUCUGCACACGUUGAACAUAGGACUCCCAAUGCCUGCCAGCUAUCCUGAUUUGCUCCGCGCUCUAUGACGACGAAAUGCCCUGUGUUCUUUUUUUCUCCGUUCUACACUCACACAAAGGUCGAACGAAUGAGCAAAUAUCAGUGUAGUGUCUUUUUCCUCAGUCUAGUUUCUAGUCUGCAUGCAUGUAUGUAGUGCAGAAUUAUUUGCAGCUGCCCUUCCCAAUGGACAGCUGAUCAGUCUUCUUUCUUCUUCUUCGUUUUAGACUGCAGCAAAAAUGAACAAAACCUGUGACUGGUCCUCCUCGUCAUGCCGGUCAAAGUUCGAAGGGGCUAAACCUAUUGAGCUUGAUUUUAAAAAUGCUGGCUAUUUUCUCAUUUUUGUACCUUGCACGUUUUAGAGAUGUAGCUGGUUUACUCGCAGUGGUGCUGAUACUAUUCGAUUGUGGCACUCUUCUGAACUUUC